AUGACUUUCAAGAAGAAGCUCCUCAUCGCCGGACUCGUAGGCACGACCUGCUUGGCGCUGUACAAGUUGUCAAAGUCGAGGGAGAAGGAAAAGGAAAAGCUGAGGAUCGAGCAGGCUGCUCAGCACCAUACUACUAGCCCAAUGCCGCCAACUCAAGCGCAGCAGCAGCAGCCUGGUCAACAAGGCCACAACUAUGCUGCAUGGGCAGCUGGGGGAGCCGGCGCCGCGGCCGUUGCGGCUGCUGGAGCAUACGCGUACCAACAUCAUCAUCAGCAAGCGCCAGCACCCCUCGUGCCCGAGGAGAGCGGAGACAUCCUCUGGUCGGACCUGCGCGACUGGCGUCUAAUCGCGCGCCUCCUCGCAGCAACAGUCGCCGACCAAAAUCUGUAUCCCUUCUACGACUGGGCCGCCUGCGAGCGCAUCGCCCGUCAACUGGCCUCCUCUGGGACUCUGGUCUCACUCGGAGAAUCAUGGGAGAUGCCCCCCUUUCUCGCCCAAGACCUCGUCAAGCUAGCCUUGUUUGAUGUCAUGUUCCUCCUGGACGACUCGGCCAGCAUGAACUCUGAGAAAGGGCUACGCAUCGAGGCCUUGCGCCAGAUCAUGAAGCGAUCGGCGGAUGCGGCGGGUAGGCUGGAUCCAGAUGGUAUGGAAUGCGCUUGGAUGAAUGCCCCAGGAGGGCAUCGCAUUCACUCUGCUAGUGAGGCUGAGAGCUUGGUCAAAGCUUGCCAAUUCUCGGGGCCCGCUACGCCCCUGGGUGAGGCUUUGGAGCAGAAGUUGAUUCGACCUUUGCUCCUUAACCCGCUUUCGAGCGGUCAAGGUCUCAAGAAGCCAGUUCUCGCCAUCAUAAUUACCGACGGCCGACCCACUGGUCCUACGGAGAGUGGGGAGCGUAUCGUCAAGGUAAUUCAGGACGCCAAAUCGCGCCUCAAAAAGACGCAAUACGGCGAGGACGCCCUCUCAAUCACCAUUGCCGCAGUAGGCAACGACUCUGAGGCACAAGACUGGCUCGAUUCUAUCGACAACCAUCCAGCCAUAGGCGACCUUGUAGACGUCGUCUCCGACAUCCGCGUUGAAGCCAAGCAGGUCAAGGCGCAGACUGGCGUAGACCUCACACCAGAUCUGCAUUGCCUCAAGCUGUUGCUUGGCGCCGUUGACUCUGGUUACGACGCCAGCGACGAGCCACCUGGAGCGGCAAAGAAGAGCAUGAGGAGAGAAAACGAAAGGGAGGCAAAGGCCAAGCAUUUCGCAAAGGACAAGGAGAGAUUGAUUGCUCAGAGGGAUGCGGCAAUGGCGCAAGCUGGGGUAGCACCGGGGAGGGAGCCGGCAGCGGGUAGUGUUCCCGCUUCCCAGAUGAGCGGUGCAGGAUAUCCUCCAGCUACAGGAGCUCCCUACCCUCCUCAGCAGCAGCACCAGCAGGGUGGCUAUCCUCCUGCAACAGGUGGCUACCCAGGCGGCGGCUAUCCUCCGGCAAACAACUCGCCCUACCCUCCACAAGGCGGCGUCGGUGCUCCUUACCCACCUCAAGCGUCAGCCUAUGGUGCCCCACCUGAGCAGUCAUACUAUGGCGGCGCAGCGCCUCCUCCGUACAGCGACCACUCGCGGGGCUUCGGUGGUGGUGCACAGUCAAGCUACCCACAACAGCAGCCGCACCAGGGCGGAGCACCAGGAGUAGGCGGCUUCGCCAUGCCGCAACCCAAUGCUUCGCCGUACCCUGGGGGACCAGGACAGCAGCCACCUUCCUCCUCGUACCCAGGUCAGGGGCAGCAGCCCUACCCGCCACCAGGGGGACCAAUGGGCUUCCCCUCGGCUUUUGGAUCAUGA